AUGGCAAGUGACGCAUCCUUUGACAACCUCGUGAAGAAAUUCGCGGACCUUCCUCUUCUCGACCGUUACCCUAACUGCUUCCCCGACAUCAACCCUGUCGACAUCUACCGGUCACACAUCACCUCGAUACUCCAGGGCAUCACGGGUGUAGAUCCCAAAAUAGUCUACUCAUCCAUCCAAUGGACCCAAAAUUCUGAUAAGGGAGACCUGGUUCUGGCUAUUCCAGCUUUGCGAGUCAAAGGCAAGCCAGAGGAGCUGGGCAAGCAAUGGCUUGAGCAGUGGCCUGAGUCACCUCUUGUCGAGAAGCCUAUUCAAAACGGCAAUUUCAUCCCUUUCUUCUUCAAGCAUGGACCACUCAGGCAGACGACGAUUACCCAAGCUCGGUCACAUCGAUUUGACUUUGGCAGCAACAAGGCUGUCGGAUUGAAGGACCAGUCUGACCCCUCAAAAGGCAAGAAGCGAAUCAUCGUCGAGUUCAGUUCACCCAACAUCGCGAAGCCCUUCCACGCCGGUCAUCUGCGGAGCACCAUCAUCGGUGGUUUCCUGGGCAACCUCUACGAAGCCGCUGGCUGGGACGUCCUUCGCAUAAACUACCUGGGCGACUGGGGCAAGCAAUAUGGACUGUUAGCAUUGGGUUUUAAGAUGUAUGGAAGUGAAGAGGCCCUACAGCGUGAUCCCAUCAACCAUCUGUUCGAGGUGUACGUCAAAAUUUCUGCCAAAACUGCGAAGGAGAAGGAGGAAGCCGAUAUGCUGCAGAAGGAUGGCAAAGAUGCCGAAGCCCAGAAGAUCAAAGAUUCUGGCCUAGACGAGCAGGCUCGCCAAUACUUCAAGAAGAUGACAGAGGGUGACGAGGAAGCACUCACGCUGUGGAAACGGUUCCGAGACUUCAGUAUCAAGCGCUACAAGGAGACAUAUGCGCGACUGAACAUCAACUUCGAUAGCUACUCAGGCGAAAGCCAAGUUUCUGAGACGGAGAUGGAGGAUGCGGCACGGAAGAUGAAGGAGAUGGGCCUAGCUGAGGAGGACGGCGGGGCUCUCCUCGUCGACUUCUCAAAACACGUGCAAGGCAAGGCUGGCAAGUCCCUCGGGAAAGCCCUCCUGCGAAAGAGGGAUGGCACAGCGCUCUAUCUCACUCGAGAUAUCAGCGAGCUCUUGAACCGCGACAGGACAUAUAACUUUGACCACAUGAUCUAUGUGAUUGCCUCACAGCAAGAUCUUCAUGUGAAGCAGUUCUUCAAGGUAGUGGAACUGAUGGGACACAAGGAUAUUGCCGCCAAGGUUCAGCACAUCAGCUUUGGCCUCGUCUUGGGUAUGUCUACGCGAAGGGGCACAGUGAAAUUCUUAGACGACAUCUUACGGGAUGUGGGUGAGCAUAUGCACAGCGUCAUGAAGAAGAAUGAGGAGAAGUACAAACAGGUCGAGAACCCCGAGGCAGUCGCCGAUAUUCUUGGAAUCAGCAGUGUCAUGGUGCAAGACAUGAGUGGCAAGAGGAUCAACAACUACACCUUCAACAUGGAGGCCAUGACAUCUUUCGAAGGCGACACCGGACCGUACCUUCAAUACGCACAUGCUCGAUUGUGUUCCAUCUCACGAAAGGCUGGCCUCAGCGAGAAAGAACUCGAUUCUGCUGAUCUCUCUCUACUUACUGAACACCACGCCAUUGAGCUCGUGCGAGUGCUGGCACAAUGGCCUGAUGUGGUACAGAACACGCUCAAGACGCUGGAACCGACCACCGUCUUGACGUAUUUGUUCAAGAUGACCCAUGUAUUGAGCUCGAGUUAUGACCACUUACGAAUUGUCGGCAGCGAACCUGAAGUUAUGAAGGCUCGCAUGGCUCUGUAUGAUUCGGCACGAAUUGUGCUGAACAACGGAAUGCGACUGCUGGGAUUAUCGCCGGUGGAAAGGUAA